AUGGCGAAUGUAGCUGUGACCUUUACAGUGGAAUGCUCCUGCACAGAACAUGGUGAAGAGGUUUAUGUCGUGGGAUCUCACAAGAAGCUGGGCGCAUGGGAUCCCCUUGAGGCUGUGCGGUGUACGACCACUGCUGAAAACUUUCCGCGGUGGACAUCGAGCCCUGUGUCUCUGACAAAUGGAAGCAGGAUCGAGUUCAAGACGGUGAUCCGUGGCCCCGGGGGCAAGAAAUGGGAGCACGGUCAGAACCGGCUCUUGCAGCUCUCAGUGCCUUCGCAUGAGGCUCGGACAAAUGUGGCAUUCACAUGGGGCCAGCCAGGAGUCAAUGAAGAGGACGAUCGGGUCAGUGAAAUGACGGGCGGCUUCCGGCGCGCGACCUCUGGUGGCUCCGAGAAGAGUGGCCCUUUGACUCGGAUGAUGGAAAGCGGAUCCUCGAUGAGUCGUCGUGGCAGUCGUCAUUUGUGCAAGACUCGGAAUGGCAUGGUGAACGAGGAGAUGACCAGGACUCCGAGCUUGCUGUUGGUGGAUUUCCGUGAGUUUCAAGAAGCUGCCGUGGAGCACGAGAAGGAGUUGGAUGACAUCGAAGAGCGUGCCAAAUUGAACAGGCUGCAGAGGAAGAUGAAAAGCACUCAGCUCAUCGAGCGCAUGGCGAAGAUCACCGACACCGUGGACCCCUCAAGGACUGUUCUCCUACAAGGCUUCAACUGGGAGAGCUGGAGAGCCGGUGGAGGAGAUUUCUACAAUGCAGUCGGGCGCAAGGUACAGCUGUUUCAUGAGAUGGGCUUCACAGAUCUCUGGCUUCCACCCUGCUCACAAUCGGUGGCUCCUCAGGGUUAUCUGCCGUCACAGCUCUUCAACUUGGAUGGCUCCAAGUAUGGCACCCAACAAGCCUUGGAAGACCUGUUGGAGAAGUGCCACAAGAACGGGAUCCGCUGUAUGGCUGACAUCGUGAUCAAUCACAGGUGUGGCGAUCGUCAAGAUGGUGAGGGGCGAUGGAAUCAAUUCUCGAGCGGGAUGCAAUCCAGGCCCAGCUUUGCCGGCGUGGCAGACUGGGGUGGCUGGGCCGUCACCUUGGGGGACCAAUACUCCGACGGAAGUGGAAUGCAUGGCCCUGGCCAUAGUGACGGUCGUUUCGAUGCUGCUCCAGAUAUCGACCAUCGACACCCCAAGGUGCAGGAAUGCAUCAGCAUUUGGUUGCGAUGGCUUCGUUUGCAGGUUGGCUUCGAUGGGUGGCGCUUUGACUUCGUCAAGGGGUAUGGCCCGGAGUUUGUCGGAAAGUACUGCGACAAGAGCCAUCCUGCCUGGGCGGUUGGUGAGCUCUGGACAGACAUGAACUAUGACCUCCACGGCCUUUGCUACAAUCAAGAUAAGCAUCGGCAGACCUUGGUCGACUGGGUGAACGCGACUGGCAAGAAAUCAACCGCCUUUGACUUUACCACGAAAGGAGUUCUUCAAGAAGCCUGCAGAUUGACCCAGUUCUGGAGGCUCCGGGACAAAGACGGCAAGCCUCCCGGGCUCAUCGGGUGGCUCCCGCAAUAUGCGGUCACUUUCAUCGACAACCACGACACCGGAAGCACUCAGCGCCAUUGGCCUUUCCCGGAUGACAAGGUCCUGAUUGGCUAUGCAUACAUCCUGACGCACCCAGGAGUUUGGAGUGAAGUUUGUGAUGGCUCAGGGGGGGAUUGGGCUGUGGAACUCCUGCUUUCAUUUCUGAGAGAAGCUAUUUGCAACACCUCUCUAAACCAGAUCAUCAUCCGUGCCAAUCUGUGCGAAACGUCUCGCACAGCCAUUCCGGUGGACGCGCCCGUGAACAUCCAAUGCGCCGACGACACCCUCUACCUGGCGGAGAUCGGCAAUCCCCCAAGCUUGCGGGUGGCCCUUGGCCCGAACUACUGGACCAAUGGGCCCUCCGGGCAUGGCUACCGGGUUUGGGUGAAACGAACGGGCUCUACGCAGAAGUACAGCUCGCUGAAUGCCUCGCCGGAGGCGACGCCUCUGGGCUCUCCACGCAGGAAGAAGGAAGGUGCGGUCGGUCUUGGUCCAGAGAUGUUGACAGCUGAGACUUUGAAGAUCAUGGAUGUGCCUCAGCUUCAGAAUCUCAAGGAACGUUUGCAGGCCUUGCUGAACGCCACGGACGCAGCAUUGGCACAUCGAAGGGCCAACGGGUCUCGCUAG